GCUGCUGCUAGGUCGGUUCAGCGCUGUGAUGCAGCAGAUAACCAGGCUAACGUUGACCCAAAAAGGUCUGCUUUUAUAAGGUGGGACACUUUGGACCGGUCUGCAUGCUGGACUGAUGGCUCCAGAGUGACAUGCCAUGGCCCUGAUGAUCCCCCCAGUUAAACUCAAAUGGCUGGAGCACCUGAACAGCUCAUGGAUCACGGAGGACAGCGAGUCCAUCGCCACGCGGGAUGGGGUGUCGGUGCUCUACUCCAAGCUGCUGGCCAACAAAGAGGUAGUCCUGCUCCCCCAGCAGGUGCUGUGCCUGAAGGGCCCCCAGCUCCCAGACUUUGAGCGGGAAUCGCUGUCCAGCGAUGAGCAGGAGCACUACCUGGAUGCUCUGCUCAGCAGCCAGCUGGCCUUGGCCAAGAUGGUCUGCUCUGACUCGCCCUUCGCUGCUGCGCUGCGGAAACGGGUGCUGGUGCUGCAGCGCAUCUUCUACGCUCUCUCCAACAAGUACCACGAUAAGGGCAAGGUGAAGCAGCAGCAGCACUCCCCAGAGAGCAACUCGGGUUCAUCUGAUCUGCACUCCGUCAGCGAGCGGCCGCGAUCCAGCACCGACGCCCUCAUCGAGAUGGGCGUCCGCACCGGCCUCAGCCUCCUGUUCGCUCUGCUGCGCCAGAGCUGGAUGAUGCCCCCUCCCCCUGGUCCUGGCGGAGGUCCAGGGGGCAGCAUCAACUUAUGCAAUGAUGUCAUUCACACAGCGAUCGAUGUGGUCAGUUCGCUGCCGCCCCUCUCCCUGGCCAACGAGAGCAAGAUCCCUCCGAUGGGCCUGGACUGCCUCGCUCAGGUCACCACCUUCCUGAAGGGAGUGACCAUGCCGAACUCCGGGGCGGAUAUUUUAGGUCGCCGGCUGGCCUCGGAGCUGCUGCUGGGGUUGGCUUCUCAGAGGGGCUCCCUGCGCUAUCUGCUGGAGUGGAUCGAGAUGGCAUUGGCUGCGGCAGCUGUGGUCAGCACGAUGGAGCAGAACAAGGUGCUGCAGAGCCAGGAGGGCCUCAUUGGAUACGACUGCUUCAUGAACAUCCUCAUACAGAUGAGGCGCUCGUUGGGCUCCACAGCAGAUCGCAGCCAGUGGAGGGAACCCACAAGGACCCCUGAUGGUCUCUGCUCCUUAUACGAGGCAGCGCUCUGUCUGUUCGAGGAGGUGUGUCGCAUGGCGUCAGACUACUCUCGCACCUGCGUCAGUCCUGACAGCAUCCAGACGGGCGAGGCUCCGGUGGUCUCUGAGACCUGUGAGGUGUACGUGUGGGGCAGCAACAGCAGCCACCAGCUGGUGGAGGGCACGCAGGAGAAGAUCCUGCAGCCUAAACUAGCUGCCAGCUUCGCCGAUGCUCAGACGAUCGAGGCGGGUCAGUACUGCACGUUUGUGAUUUCCUCUGACGGCUCCGUCCGGGCAUGUGGGAAAGGCAGCUAUGGCCGUUUGGGCCUCGGAGACUCAAACAACCAAUCGACACUCAAGAAACUGACCUUUGAACCUCAUCGAGCCAUCAAGAAAGUGUCAUCUUCAAAGGGCUCUGAUGGUCACACCCUGGCCUUCACCACCGAGGGCGAGGUCUUCAGCUGGGGCGACGGUGAUUAUGGAAAACUGGGACACGGGAACAGCUCGACUCAGAAAUAUCCGAAACUCAUCCAGGGGCCGCUGCAGGGGAAGGUGGUCGUGUGUGUGUCUGCUGGCUACAGACACAGCGCUGCCGUCAGUGAGGACGGAGAGCUCUACACCUGGGGGGAAGGAGAUUUUGGGAGAUUAGGACACGGGGACAGCAACAGCCGCAACAUUCCUACUCUAGUCAAAGACAUCAGCAACGUUGGAGAGGUGUCCUGUGGAAGCUCCCAUACCAUCGCCUUGUCCAAGGAUGGACGCACUGUUUGGUCCUUUGGAGGAGGGGACAAUGGAAAACUCGGACAUGGUGACACUAACAGAGUCUACAAGCCCAAAGUGGUGGAAGCCCUGCAGGGGAUGUUCAUCAGGAAAGUGUGUGCAGGAAGUCAGUCGUCUCUGUCUCUGACUUCUACUGGACAGGUGUAUGCUUGGGGCUGCGGUGCCUGUCUGGGCUGCGGUUCCUCUGAAGCCACGGCUCUCAGGCCCAAGCUGAUCGAGGAGCUGGCCACGACCAGAGUGGUGGACAUUUCCAUUGGGGACAGCCACUGCCUGGCCCUGUCUCACGACAAUGAGGUGUAUGCGUGGGGGAACAACUCCAUGGGCCAGUGCGGCCAGGGCAACUCCACCGGACCCAUCACCAAACCCAAGAAGGUGGUCGGCCUGGACGGAGUGGCGAUCCAGCAGAUCUCAGCGGGGACGUCCCACAGCCUGGCCUGGACCGCUCUGCCCAGAGACAGGCAGGUGGUGGCCUGGCACCGACCAUACUGCGUCGACCUGGAGGAAAGCACCUUCUCUCACCUGCGGUCCUUCCUGGAGCGGUACUGUGACGGCAUCAACAGCGAUGUUCCCCCGCUGCCCUUCCCUUCGUCCAGGGAGCAUCAUAACUUUCUCAAGCUGUGCCUUCGGCUUUUAUCCAAUCACCUGGCUCUGGCUCUGGCUGGAGGCGUGGCAACAAGUAUUUUGGGUCGGCAGGCCAGGCCGCUGAGGAACUUACUCUUCAGGUUGAUGGACGCCUCGGUGCCGGACGAGAUUCAGGAGGCGGUGAUCGAGACGCUGUCUGUGGGGGCCACCAUGCUGCUGCCUCCACUGAGGGAGAGGAUGGAGCUGCUUCACUCUCUGCUGCCUCAGGGCCCCGACAGAUGGGAGAGCCUCUCCAAAGGACAGAGGAUGCAGCUGGACAUCAUCCUGACAAGCCUCCAGGAUCACACCCACGUGGCCUCGCUGCUGGGUUACAGCUGUCCUCCUGACGGUCCCGAUGUCCCGUCCUCCGGUCCGACCUUUGCAGCGUACCCGGACCCAAGCUUUGGCACCACGGGAGCCCACCCAGACACCCACUUAGCUGAGAUCCUGAUGAAGACGCUGCUCAGGAACCUGGGCUUUUACACCGACCAGGCUCUAGGCGAGCUGGAGAAGAACAGCGAUAAGCUGCAGCAGCGUACCUCCUCGUCAGACAGCAGCCAGCCGGCUCACCUCCACCAGCUGCUCUGCUCCCUGCAGAAGCAGCUCCUGGCUUACUGUCACAUCAACGCCGUCACUGAGAACUCGAGCAGCGUGGCUCUGCUCCACAAACACCUGCAGCUCCUGCUUCCUCACGCUACAGACAUCUUCUCCCGCUCUGCUGCUCUAAUUAAAGAGAGCUCCUGGAAUGGAAGCAUACGAGAGAAGCUGCAAGAUGUGAUCUACGUGUCGGCAGCAGGCAGCAUGUUGUGUCAGAUAAUCAACUCGCUGCUCCUGCUCCCGGUGACGGUGGUGAGACCCCUGCUGAGCCACCUGCUGGACCUGCUGCCUCCUCUGGACCGACUCAACAGGUUGCUGCCAGCUGCAUCUCCUCUGGAGGACCAGGAGCUGCAGUGGCCUCUUCAUGGUACUUCAGACUUCGCUGAGCCGGCCUCGGGAAUGUCGCUACCACCGCUGGCGCUGUGCUGGGUGUGGCUCGUGGACCUGGAGCGGACCGUGGCCCUGCUGGUCGGCCGCUGCCUCGGCGGGAUGCUGCAGGGCGCUCCCACCUCGCUGGAGGAACAGGACACAGCUUACUGGCUCAAAACGCCGCUGUUCAGCAACGGACUGGAGAUAGACAUCCCACAGCUCGAUUCUUGCAUCAGCUCCUUACUGGAAGCGGCGCUAUCAGGGAACGAGGAGCAGAAGCCUUUCGACUGCACUCUGCGUCCCGAUCUCAGCGUUCUGGUGGAUCUGGCUCUGGGUUCCUCUAAAGAACCUGCGAACAGUCUGUGGAUCAACAUGCAGGACUACGCCAUCAGUAAAGACUGGGACAAUGCGUCUCUGAAUAACGAGUCCCUGUUGGACACCGUGUCCAGGUUUGUGUUGGCAGCUCUGCUGAAGCAUACCGGGCUGCUGGACCAAGACUGUGGGAAGGGAAGGUACCAACCUUCUAAGUCUCUGGCAGAAGUCUACCGCAGCGUUUAUAAAGUACGGAACCGCCUGUUGGCCUGUAAGAACAUGGACUUCAUCCAGACGAGGUCUUCGUCCCGUGAGAGGCGGAUUUCAGACAACCAGGACUCACUGGACAUGGACCCGCAGGAGCACUCGUUCACUCGCACCAUCGACGAGGAGGCGGAGCUGGAGGAGAGAGCCGACCGCGAGAGAGAAGAUGGACACCAGGAUCAGGACGAUGAGGAGGAGGACCGGGAACAUGAAGUGAUGACAGCUGGAAAAAUCUUUCAAUGUUUCCUCUCAGCACGGGAGGUAGCUCGUAGUCGGGACAGAGAGAGGGCCAGCAGCAGUACAGGGCUGGGAUCCGGAUCAGGAUCAGCAUCCCGGAAUGGAGCUGCACCGUCUGGAGGAGAGGAGGAGGCCACUGCGUCUCAGGAAGAGAGGCGGGGCAGCUCAGGCCUCCCGGAAGGCCAGGAUCUGUACACCGCGGCCUGCAACUCUGUGAUCCACCGCUGUGCCCUGCUACUGCUGGGAGUAAGCCCGGUUCUCAGUGAGAUGACCAAACAGAACCAGGAGGAGGGGCCGACCCAAUCAGUGACAGGAACACAGGAGUGUCUGAGCUUCAUGACCAGAUCCGAUGGAGACUUUUUAGAGACAUGUUUGGACAUGAUGAUGAUGCACAGGAGUGAAAGUCUGAGCGCAGAGAGCCGCUCGUUGCAGAACAGCCCCAGUUACCGCCUCAUGAAGUCCAGGAGCGAGUCGGAUCUGUCCCAGCCCGAGUCCGAUGAAGAAAGCUACAGCCUGAGUGGACGAAGAAACGUGGACCUGGACUUGGCGUUCUCUCAUAAAAAGAGAGGAAUACUCCACAGCUCCCCCGACUCCCUGGCUGAUUCCUGGUUCAGGUCCAAGCUCAGCCACCAGCGCACCUACAGCUUGGCACAUUCUUAUGAAGAGUCAGACCUGGACCUGAACCGCUCCCUGGGGAUCCACGCUCUCAUCGAUAACAUGGUCAGUUUCGUCAGCGGCGACGUGGGCCUGGCUCCGGCCUUCAAGGAACCGGAGGAGGGAAUGUCCACGAGUCCGCAGGCGGCCAUCCUGGCCAUGGAGCAGCAGCAGAGCAGGGCGGAGCUGCGGCUUGAGGCGCUCCAUCAGAUCGUGGUGUUGAUCUCUGGCAUGGAGGAGAAAGGCAGCCAGCUGGGGAACGCCGACAGAUUGAGCGGUGCCUUCCAGUCCUCGUCCCUGCUCACCUCCGUCAGGCUGCAGUUCCUGGCGGGAUGUUUUGGUCUCGGCACCGUCGGCAGCGGAGGUCUGAAGAGGGAGAGCGUGCAGCUGCAUCACUACCAGGAUGGGAUUAAAGCAGCAAAGAGGAGCCUCCAGAUGGAGAUCCAGACAGCCGUCCAUAAAAUCUAUCAGCAGCUGUCGGUCACACUGGAGAGAGCUCUGCAGGCCAACAAGCACCACAUCGAAGCUCAGCAGCGCCUCCUGCUGGUGACUGUGUUUGCACUCAGCGUUCGUUACCAGCCUGUGGACGUCUCCCUGGCCAUUUCCAGUGGACUUCUCAACGUGCUGUCUCAGCUCUGCGGAACGGAGACCAUGCUGGGCCAGCCCCUCCAGCUGCUGCAGAAACCCGGAGUGUCCCAGCUCAGCACAGCCCUGAAGGUGGCCUCCACCCGCCUGCUGCAGAUCCUGGCCAUCAGCACCGGGACGUACGCAGACAAGCUGAGUCCCAAAGUGGUCCAGUCGCUGCUUGACCUGCUGUGCAGCCAGCUGAAGAGCCUGCUGUCCCAGGCAGGAGGGAGCCAACUGUCUGCAGGGAAGGAUCAGGAAGAAACCAAACAAGAUGACAGCCCUGACUCUGAGAAGAAGGACUUCAGAGCUUUAAUUCGGAAGCAGCACACCGCAGAGCUCCACCUUGGGGACUUCCUGGUCUUCCUCCGGAGGGUUGUCUCCUCCAAGGCCAUCCAAUCCAAGAUGGCUUCUCCCAAAUGGACUGAGGUUCUAUUGAACAUCGCUGCUCAGAAGUGCUGCUCUGGGGUCCCUCUGGUGGGGAACAUGAGAACACGACUUCUCGCUCUCCACGUGUUGGAGGCCGUCCUGCCGGCCUGUGAAGCCAACAUGGAGGACGACCAGCUGACUCAGGUUGUAGAGCGGCUCUUCGCUCUGCUGUCAGACUGCAUGUGGGAAGAUCCGGUUGCUCAGGCCAAACACACAAUCCAGAUCAAAGAAAAGGUCCAGGAGCUCAAACUCCAGGGGGAGGCUGAGGAGGAAGAUGAGAACCUUCCCAUUCAGGAAGUGUCCUUCGACCCGGAGAAGGCUCAGUGCUGCGUGGUGGAGAACGGACAGGGUCUGACGCACGGCAGCGGAGGGAAAGGUUACGGCCUGGCCUCUACCGGGAUCUCCUCAGGAUGCUACCAGUGGAAGUUUUACAUUGUGAAGGAGAACCGAGGAAAUGAGGGAACGUGUGUGGGAGUCUCCAGGUGGCCCGUUCACGACUUUAACCACCGCACGACGUCGGAUAUGUGGCUGUACAGGGCGUACAGCGGAAACCUGUAUCACAACGGGGAGCAGACGCUGACGCUGAGCAGCUUCACGCAGGGCGACUUAAUCACCUGCGUCCUUGACAUGGAGGCCAGAACCAUCUCCUUCGGCAAGAACGGGGAGGAGCCCAAAUUAGCAUUUGAAGAUGUGGAUGCAACAGAGCUUUAUCCCUGCGUGAUGUUCUACAGCAGCAACCCAGGAGAGAAGGUGAAGAUCUGUGACAUGCAGAUGAGGGGAACGCCACGGGACCUCCUCCCCGGCGAUCCCGUCUGCAGCCCCAUGGCCACCGUUCUGGUGGAGGCCACCACUCAGCUGAUCCGCAUCCUGCACCGCACCGACCACUGGACCCAUCGCAUCAACAAGACCAUGAUCGAGAGGCUGCAAAAGAUCAAGCCCUGCUUCAGAGAUGUGGGCGGUGCCUCGGGCGGCGCCGGGGGCCAGAGACUGAAGAAGAGCCGCUCAGUGCAGAGCCGAGAGGAGCACGACGCCCAGAGGGAGAGCCAAGAGACCCUCUCCAAGACUGAUGAGGAGAAGGGCAGGCACGGGAGGCAGCAUGGGCUGGGGGAGCUGUCGGAACACCACCUGAGGAGUCUGUGCACGGAUGUGUGGCCGGUGCUGGCCGUGAUCGGAGGGGCGGACGCCGGGCUCCGCGUGGGCGGCAGAUGUGUGCACAAACAAACCGGGAGGCACGCCACGCUGCUGGGCGUGGUGAAGGAGGGCAGCAGCUCCGCUAAGGUUCAGUGGGACGAAGCCGAGAUCACCAUCAGCUUCCCAACUUUCUGGUCACCUAGUGACACGCCGCUGUACAACCUGGAGCCCUGUGAGCCGCUGCCGUUCGACGUCGGACGAUUCCGGGGCCUCACCGCGUCGCUGUUGUUGGACCUCACCUACCUCACCAGCAUCCAUGAGGAGAGCGCUGCCAAGCUCAGCGCGCGGCGCCAUGAAAAGAAACACCGCAAUGCCGCCUCUGUGGGCCACGAACCGACCAGCACUGAGGACAAGGCAGACAGCGAGGGCCAAAACUGUAACGAGCAGAAGGAGAGUACUGGAGCCUCCCCUGCUGGCUCAUCUGAGCUGAGGGUGUCUCACAGCCUGGAGGAGGUCAAAGCACACCUGGCGCCUAACUCCAAGUCCGAGAGCGAGAUCUCGUCUGUGGCUGGGGCCGGCGGGAACGAAGCCCUUUUCAGUUCAGCUCCUAAUGGUGCUGCUGAGGCGGGCAGGAAGAAAGGCCACGAGCAGGGCCCCCGCAGUCACGAACCUUCCUCCAUCAGCACUCAGUCAGAGAUCCACGCUGUGCAGCUCUCUUACCUCUACCUGGGAGCCAUGAAGACCCUGAGCUCUCUGCUGAGCUGCAGCAAGUACGCUGAGCUGCUCCUCAUCCCAAAGGUGUUACCAGAACCAGCUCCCAGCGGCCACAACGCCGAUUUGAACGCCGGCCCCACGGGGACCACUUCGCCAGUCUGCCAGGAGGAAGUGGAGAUGCGGGCGGCUCUCCAGUUUCUCAUGCGGCACAUGGUGAAGCGGGCCGUGAUGCGCUCCCCCAUCAAGCGAGCGUUGGGCCUGGCGGACCUGGAGAGAGCGCAGGCCAUGAUCUACAAACUGGUGGUGAAUGGACUGCUGGAGGAACCUAGUGGGGGGAAGACCAACCUGGGGGUGAGGAGUGAACUUGAAGGUGAGGGGGAGGGCGCUGAGGGUGAGCAGCUGGCUCAAACCCCGAUCACCACCAGCCCCUCGGCCUCCAGUACCACCUCCUUCAUGAGCUCCUCCCUGGAGGACACCACCACAGCUACCACUCCGGUCACCGACACAGAGACAGUCCCGGCCUCCGAGUCUCCGGGGGUCAUGCCGCUUAGCCUCCUCAGGCAAAUGUUCUCCAGCUAUCCCACCACCACCAUGGUUCCUUCCCGCCGAGCCCAGACUCCACCGGUGUCGUCUCUGCCGACGUCUCCGUCAGACGAAGUGGGCCGCAGGCAGAGUCUCACCUCGCCGGACUCCCAGCCCACCAGACCACAGAACAGAGCCGGCACAUCUCUGUCAGACCCCAGCAGCAGACUGUCCACGUCCCCCCCACCGCCGGCCAUCGCUGUGCCUCUGCUGGAGAUGGGUUUCACCCUGCGCCAGAUCUCCAAAGCUCUGGAGGCCACUGGUGCUCGAGGAGAAGCAGAUGCCCAGAACAUCACGGUGUUGGCCAUGUGGAUGAUCGAACAUCCAGGCACAGAGGACGAGCGUGACGAGCCACACACCAGAAGCAGCGUGCUCGGAGGCGACGGCUCCGACUCCUCCUGUCCGGGAGCAACGGCCUCCACGGGAGGCAAGUCCCUGGAUAGGAGCUCAUACCUGUGCUCUCCUGGAGACAUCGCCAGCGCAGAUGCUUUGGAGAUGGAAGAGGGCUUCAGUGAAAGUCCUGAAGGUCCAGAGCAGGACAGUGCCUCAGCGUCCAGCGGCACCGGCCUCAGAGGACGCUCUGCAGCUGGCAGGAAGCACCGCUUUGACCUGGCUGCACGCACACUGCUGGCACGCGCUGCCGGAUUAUACCGCUCGGUUCAGGCCCACCACAGCCAGUCUCGUCGAGACGUCUCGUCUCUGCAGCAGCAGCAAGAUCCGGCCACCUUGUACGACUUCAACCUGGACGAGGAGCUGGAGAUGGACCUCGAUGAGGAGACCAUGGAGGCCAUGUUCGGCCAGGACCUGGCCAGCGACACAGACAUUCUGGGAAUGUGGAUCCCGGAGGUACUGGACUGGCCAACAUGGCAUGUGUGUGAGGCCGACGACCGGGACGAGGUGGUGGUGUGUGAGCUCUGUGAGGCCAACGUCGCCAACUUCAACCAGCACAUGAAGAAGAGCCACCCUGGCUGCGGGCGCAGCGCCAACCGACAAGGUUACCGUAGCAACGGCUCCUACGUGGACGGCUGGUUCGGAGGGGAGUGCGGCAGUGGAAACCCGUACUACCUGCUGUGUGGUAGCUGCAGGGAGAAAUACCUGGCCAUCAAGAGCAAAGCCAGGAUCCCCACUGUGGAAAGGUACAAGGGACAGGCUCCAGACCUCCUGGGGAAGCAGGACAGCGUGUAUGAAGAGGACUGGGACAUGCUGGAUGUGGAUGAAGAUGAAAAACUGACGGGCGAGGAGGAGUUUGAGCUCUUAUCCGGUCCGUUGGGUCUGAGCGAGCGGAGGAUCGUCCCCGAGCCUGUCCAGUUUCCCGACAGCGAUCCGCUGGGAGCCUCCGUCGCCAUGGUGACGGCCACCAACAGCAUGGAGGAGACGCUGCUGCAGAUAGGUUGUCAGACCUCGGUGGAUAAGAGCUCCUCCGGGAGGAUGACGCUCGGCGAGCAGGCCGCCGCUCUGCAGAACCCUCAUGACCGGGUGAUGGCGCUCAGGAGGGUGACGGCUGCAGCCCAGGUGCUGCUGGCCAGGACCAUGGUGAUGAGAGCGCUGUCCCUGCUGUCCGUCAGUGGGUCGAGCUGCAGUCUGGCUGCAGGACUCGAGUCUCUUGGUCUUACUGACAUCAGGACUCUGGUUCGGCUCAUGUGCCUGGCUGCUGCGGGUCGAGCUGGCCUCUCCACCAGUCCGGCAGCGGGUUCGGGACACUCGGAAAGGCCCCGGGGGACCACCAAGGCCAGCAAACCAAUCUCCUGCCUGGCCUACCUGAGUACAGCUGUGGGCUGCCUGGCCUCCAACAGUCCCAACGCUGCCAAGCUGCUGGUGCAGCUCUGCACACAGAACCUGAUUUCUGCAGCUACAGGCAUGAACCUGACCACCGUAGACGACCCAGUCCAGAGGAAGUUCCUGCCCAGCUUCCUGCGUGGCGUGGCUGAGGAGAACAAGCUCAUCACCUCCCCGAACUUUGUGGUGACGCAGGCUCUGGUGGCCCUGCUGGCUGAUAAGGGGGCCAGGCUGCGACCCGUGUACGACAAGGCCGACCUGGAGAAGAGAGGCCCUCUGGAGCUGGCCAACGCUCUGGCGGCCUGCUGCUUGUCCUCAAGGCUGUCCUCGCAGCACCGUCAGUGGGCGGCGCAGCAGCUGGUGCGCACGCUGGCGGCGCACGACCGCGACAACAACCAGAACCGUCCGCAGACCUUCGCCGACAUGGCCGGGGACUUGCGAAAGUGCUCCUUCAUCAAGCUGGAAGCCCACCAGAGCAGGGUCAUCACAUGCGGCUGGUGCAGUAAGAAAGGCCUGCUGGCCACCAGUGGCAACGAUGGGACGGUCAGAGUGUGGAACGUGACAAAGAACCAGUACACGCUGCAGCAGACCUGCAUCUUCAACAAGGAUGAUGGCUCCUCAGAGGACGGGAUGUCCAGUUUGGGCUCUCCCAGUGACCCCUGCCUGUCUCCUCUGGCCUGGAGUGUGGCUGGAAAAAAUCUGGCAUCAGCCAUGGAGAAAAUGGUCAACAUCUGGCAAGUCAACGGUGGUAAAGGCCUCCUGGAUGUGCAGCCUCACUGGGUGUCGGCGCUGGCGUGGCCUGAACAGGAGGUGGAGUCUUUGCGGUUUGGGGAGCCCAAAGAUUUGCUGCUGGUGGGUCGGAUGGACGGAUCUCUGGGUCUGAUCGAGGUUCUGGAUGCGACCGACAUGCAUCGCAGCGAGUUAGAGCACUGUUACAGGAAAGAUGUGGCUGUGAUGCACAUCGCCUGGUACAGAGAGGACCGGCCGUUCGCUGUGGGAUAUGCAGACGGAAAACUGCUGAUUGGAUCCAAAGAGCCUUUGGAAAAAGGAGCCAUCGUGGUCAUUGAUGCACACAAGGAGUCCAUCACCAGUAUGAAGUGGAGUCCAAACGGUCAGAUCUUACUGACCUGCGCUAAGGAGGAGACUGUGAAGCUGUGGGCCCCUUUGUACUGUGAUUCGGGUCAAGGUUCUGGCUGGUGCUGCCUGCAAAGUCUUCGACAUCCCUCCCUGGUUAACGGUGUGGCCUGGUGUGACCUGCCAGGACGCGGUCCGAAGCCCCUCAACAUGCUCGCUGUCUGCUGCCAGAACGGCCUCGUCUCCGUCUGGACCGUUCCUCAAGAAAUCUGCGACUUCCCAGAAUCCUGUGUGUCCGGAUCAGAGAGACUCUGGGAGACUCAGGCCAAACCCAAAAUAUUGUCGACCCGGUGGUUCGAGGACGGAGCCGUGUGCGUCUUCCAGCUGAAAGGACACAUCACUCCGGUACGGACGCUGGCCUUUAGUCCUGACGGUCUGGCCCUGGCAUCUGGAGGCGUCGGAGGCCUCAUGAACAUCUGGUCUCUGCAGGACGGAUCCGUCCUCCAGACCGUCGUCGCCGGCUCAGGAGCGAUCCAGAACAUAGUCUGGAUCCCAGAUGUUGGUGUGGCUGUCUGCUCCAAUAGGUCAAAGGACGUUCUGGUCGUUAACUGCUCCAAAGAAUUCAUGGCGUCCAACCAUGUGCUGGCCACCUGCCGCACAGCGCUGAAGAAGCAGGGCGUGGUCGGCCUCAACAUGGCGCCCUGCAUGAGGGCGUUCCUGGAGAGACUGCCGGUGAUGCUGCAGGAGCAGUACACCUACGAGAAGCCUCACGUGGUUUGUGGUGAGCAGCUCGUGCACAGCCCCUACAUGCAGUGUCUGGCGUCGAUGGCUGUAGGUCUCCACCUGGACCAGCUGCUGUGCAGCCCACCCGCCCCGCCCCACCUCCGACAUUGUCCUCCGGAGUCCGGCCCCGCCGUCUGGAACACCAGCGAAUGGGCGUGGCUCAACUGCUUCUCCACCACCAUCAAGGCAGCUGAGGCCCUCGCUCGAGGAGCCACGUUCCCAGAAUCCUUCUGCGUUCCUGACCUGGAGCAGGGGCCCAAGGAGGAGAUGGCUCUGGUGAUGGACAACGGGAAGUGGGCGUCUGGGAUGGACGAGCAGAUCAUGUCCUGGGCCACGUCCAGGCCAGAGGACUGGCACCUGGGAGGAAAGUGUGAUGUUUUCCUGUGGGGAGCUGGUCGGCACGGUCAGCUGGCGGAGGCUGGCAGGAACAUCCUAGUUCCUACGACCGCCCUGUCCUUCUCACAGGCACAACAGGUGGUGUGUGGUCAGAACUGCACCUUCGUCAUCCAGCCCAACGGGUCGGUGUUGGCCUGUGGAGAGGGCAGCUACGGCCGUCUGGGACAGGGAAACUCCGACGACCUGCACGUCCUCACCAUCAUCUCAGCUCUUCAAGGAUUCGUUGUGACCCAGCUGGUCACGUCCUGCGGCAGCGACGGCCACUCCAUGGCGCUGACGGAGAGCGGCGAGGUCUUCAGCUGGGGCGACGGAGACUACGGCAAGCUGGGCCAUGGGAACAGCGACCGCCAGCGCCGACCACGGCAGAUUGAAGCGCUGCAGGGAGAGGAGGUGGUUCAGAUGUCCUGUGGAUUCAAACACUCAGCAGUGGUGACAGCUGAUGGGAAGCUUUUCACCUUUGGGAAUGGAGAUUAUGGCCGACUGGGACUAGGAAACACAUCCAACAAGAAGCUUCCGGAGAAGGUCACGGCUCUGGAGGGUCACCAGGUGGGACAGGUGGCCUGCGGUCUGAACCACACUUUAGUCGUCUCUGCCGAUGGAACGAUGGUUUGGGCCUUCGGUGAUGGAGACUAUGGAAAACUGGGACUGGGGAAUUCCACAGCCAAGUCUUCUCCUCAGAAAGUGGACGUGCUGUGUGGGAUCGGGAUCAAGAAGGUGGCCUGUGGAACUCAGUUUUCUGUGGCUUUAACCAAAGAUGGCAAAGUUUUCACGUUCGGCCAAGACCGGCUGAUCGGCUUGCCUGAAGGCCGAGCCCGGAACCACAACCGACCCCAGCAGGUGCCGGCGCUGUCGGGGAUCUACAUCCAGGACGUGGCGGUCGGUGCCGAACACACCCUGGUUCUGUCGUCUACAGGAGACGUUUAUGCCUGGGGCAGCAACUCAGAGGGACAGCUCGGUCUGGGCCACACCAACCACGUCAGAGAACCAACACUGGUGACGGCGCUGCAGGGCAAGAACAUCAACCAGAUCUCUGCAGGACGGUGCCACAGCGCGGCCUGGACGGCUCCCUGCGUGCCGCCUCGAGCACCAGGCUCGUCGGUUCCGCUCCAGCUGGGUCUGCCGGCGGCGGUGCCGCCUCAGUACAGCACGCUGAAGGAGGUGAGCAUGGAAGCGGUGAGGGCCCGGCUCCGCCUCCUCUACCACUUCUCCGACCUCAUGUACUCGUCAUGGAGACUGCUGAACCUCAGCCCAAACAACCAGAGCUGCACCUCCCACUACAACGCAGGAACCUGGGGGAUUGUUCAGGGCCAGCUGAGGCCCCUGCUGGCCCCCCGGGUCUACACGCUGCCCAUGGUGCGCUCCAUCGGGAAGACGAUGGUUCAGGGAAAGAACUACGGACCUCAGAUCACCGUCAAACGGAUCUCCACUCGCGGCCGGAAGUGCAAGCCGAUCUUCGUGCAGAUCGCGCGGCAGGUAGUGAAGCUAAACGCCUCUGACCUCCGGCUGCCUUCCCGGGCCUGGAAGGUCAAACUGGUGGGGGAGGGAGCAGACGAUGCAGGGGGUGUGUUUGACGACACCAUCACGGAGAUUUGCCAGGAGCUGGAGACGGGUGUGGUGGACCUGCUGAUCCCUUCCCCCAACGCCACAGCAGAGGUCGGCUAUAACAGAGACAGAUUCCUGUUCAACCCAUCCGCCUGCCUGGAUGAGCACAUGCUCCAGUUCAGGUUUUUGGGCAUCCUGAUGGGCGUAGCCAUCCGCACCAAAAAGCCCCUGGACCUGCACCUGGCUCCGCUGGUAUGGAAACAGCUGUGCUGCAUCCCGCUGCAGCUGGAGGACCUGGAGGAGGUGGAUCUCCUCUACGUGCAGACCCUCAAAAGCAUUCUUCACAUUGAAGACGGCGGCAUCACCGAGGAUAAUUUCCAUGAGAUGAUUCCUUUGGAUUCCUUCGUCGGGCAGAGCGCAGAUGGGAAGAUGGUUCCCAUCAUUCCAGGUGGAAACAGCAUCCCCCUCACUUUCUCCAACAGGAAGGAGUACGUGGAGCGAGCCAUCGAGUACCGGCUGCACGAGAUCGACCGACAGGUGGCGGCGGUCCGUGAGGGCAUGUCAUGGAUCGUGCCGGUGCCGCUGCUGUCCCUGCUCACGGCCAAGCAGCUGGAGCAGAUGGUGUGCGGGAUGCCGGAGAUCUGCUGCGACGUGCUGAAGAAGGUGGUGCGGUACCGGGAGGUGGACGAGCAGCACUCGCUGGUGCUGUGGUUCUGGCAGACGCUGGAGGAAUUCUCCAACGAGGAGCGCGUGCUCUUCAUGCGGUUCGUGUCCGGACGGUCCAGGCUUCCCGCCAACACAGCUGACAUCUCCCAGAGGUUCCAGAUCAUGAAGGUGGACCGGCCGUACGACAGCCUUCCCACCUCCCAGACCUGCUUCUUCCAGCUGCGCCUGCCGCCGUACUCCAGCCAGGCCGUCAUGGCCGAGAGGCUGCGCUACGCCAUCAACAACUGCCGCUCCAUCGACAUGGACAACUACAUGCUCUCCCGGAACGUGGACAACGCUGAAGGCUCGGACACGGACUACUGAUGGAGCCGCCCCGCCAUCGCUGCACCAGUCGUAGCAAACUCUUUUGCAUCCUUUUAUUUCCUCUCUAUCAACACAAACCUUCAUCUCUGAACAUCCAGGAGAAGUGCAUUGAAUUUGGUUUCCUUCCACAGAGCUCCGUUCGUUGUUUGGGAAUGUGUACAGAACAUCUCGGAGCAGCGGAGCUGCCAGUUAAGGAUUGUACAUUGUGUAAAAUGCUUCAUUAGGAAAAUGUUUUGCAUUGUAUCCAUAUUUAUUGUUUUCAUUGGCGGCAGCGAGUUUCCCAAAGCAAACAAUAAAAAUGCUGCAGAACUGA